GCACCGAGCCGGGGCAGCCACCGCCCGCUCCUGCCCGGAGGGGCUUCCCUGGAGCCGCUGCCGGGGUUCCCAUGGACACGCCCCGCGUCCUCUGACGCGUGCCCUCUCGACAGUUGCCAUCGCGAUUGGUGCCGCCCUCCCGAGCUCGGUGGCUUUGCAGGCGACUGUCCCCUCCUGCAUACCCCGCACGCACCGCUGGCUGUCACGGGUUGCAGAUGGUUGGGAGCGGAUCCAGAGCAGUGAGUGAGGUCUCUCUAAUCUCGACCUGUCAUCUGCUGUCGUUGACCGAAGGUGCCGUCUCGUCCUUCACCCAUUGCAGUGCUACUGGAUAUGACUCAAUUAAUUUGAAGACACAGGAUACCGGUUUGUUGGUUUGUGUAUAAUGUUUGCUGUUGUGCUUAAGUGCUAAAAACGCCUUUCAUGUAAUUGGUCCUUCAUUUUCCUAAACACCUUUUGCUAUUCAUUAAAUUUUAAUAAAGGCUUGAGUUUCUUGCAAUGUAUUUUUAAUCAAAUUGGUUUACAUCAAUCUGGCUAAAAAGAUACAGGUACUCAUACACACGAGUGUAGAUCCCUUGGCAUGUGCAGUAGCCUGAAGUGUGAAACACCUAAGGAUCUCCAGGUAGUUUAAUGGUGCUGAAACAGGACUUUAGGAGAUUUUCCUGCACCUGAUAAGGAAUCAAAAGAAAACCCCUUAUGCCGAGAAGUCAGUGCACACAUGUGCUUAGUGAAGGUGGCACGGUUCAGUGAGUUCCGUGGGUUUCCAGGGAUGGGUGGGUCUUUGUGUGAUGUCCAGGGAGAACUGUCAGUCUGUAGUUAUCCUGUAGAGACUGCUCACAGCCCUCUGGUAAUUUCAGCCUGAUCUGGUCAGGAUUGGAGGAUUUUCCUCAGAAGAGGCAAAGGAGCAUUCCUGUGGGGCCUGUCUUUCAGAGUGCAGGGGUAGCUGACUUAUUCCCCACUCCAUAUCUGUGGCUGGAAUUGGCACGUCUGAGUCUUUCGUAAUAACACUUCAGUAGCCUGACUGAUUUUAACCAAUCUGGCAGAAGAUGAGAGUAUUUUUGUGAGUUUAUUCAAGAUUGGUGGUUAGAAUCAACAGACCUCAAAGCCUUCAUUCCUUCAGGCACGGGAGAGUUCAGGCUCCCUCCCCCAGCAGUUGGGCGCAGAUAAUCACCUAUUUCUACGCGACUAACCAGCACUUGCACUGGUUGAGGGAGGGAAGGAGAGGAGUAUUUGGGUAUUUUUCCUUUUAAAAGAAAUCAUGGUUUGUAUUCUAUCAAUGAUCUGUGCCCUUCAUUUGAUCUACAGUGAUUGUUUGUUCCCCCAAGGGAAAACAGGGUUCACACUUUGCACUCAAUGAUUUCAAUGAGCUGGUCAUUUAAAUGGGUGUCCCAGGCUGAAUAGGGAAUAUUUGCUUUUUAAUAUAACUUCAGAAUUUUGCAUAGUGCUUCAUCUUCAGCCUUGUAUUAAACUUGAUUCAAAAUCAACUUGUGUUUUUAAUAGAAAAUUUAAAUAAGCCACAUUAAGUUUCCAGAUAUGAAGGAAAAAUGAAAAGUUCAUUUCAUCUCCACAAAAGGCAUGAGCAGAAAGAGAAGUAGUAAGUUGUCUGUAUAGGCUGUGCUGAUUUCUGUCUAUUUUAAAUCUGUGUCAGGGACACAUAAUGGAUCUGGGAUAUGCCCUAAUCUCAGUCUCUGUGGAAAAUCUCACUGAUUAAGAAAAGCAAGGUCACCAAAGACUACAAACAAAUGCACUGUGGGAGAGCUGGCAUCACAUUUGUCAUACACUCAGUAUUUAGUUGGGAAAAUGAAAUUUUGGGCUACGCAUUCCUGUUAUUUUUUUUUUCUUCUUUAUUACUUCCCAUUCCUGCCUUUCACACGUGUUUGCCCUUCCACUUUCCAGACUCCCAAGUGUUGUGGUUCCCAGCUGAGCAGUCCUGAGGGAGCAGCUCUGUGCAGAACAGCCAUUUUGAGCUACACGCUCACCAGCUAUUGUUUUUCUCCAGAGAGAUCCCUGAAUACAUUGCACAGGUCCAGUGCCAGAUUCGCAACUGUUGUGUUGAAUUUGCAGCUAUUUGUUGAAAGAAAAUGUAAUCUAAAGCCAGGAAGCAAGAAAGUUACUGUUGUAUGCUAUGAUAGCAAAUGAGCUAUUUUGGUUUUGUUUUCAGGGACAGUUGCAGUGUUUUUCCUCAGUUGUUUCUUAACGAAAUGAAUGAGUUUACCCAGUGGUCUACUGUCAAUCGAAUAAUAAUUCCUGUUGUCCACUUUUGUCUUUUUUUCCCCCCCACUUAUUUUAUUCACGAUCCAGUAUGUUGUGCCUUAAAGCAAGAAAGUCUUAAUUUUUUUAAGGCUGCAAGGCAGAACUGUGGAUUGUAACACAAUAAAAACACUAGGUAGGAAAAGCUGUGCAGGUGAAAAUCACUGCUUUCCUGGGCUGACUCAGUGCGGUUUGCAUUUGCAUGUUAAAAGAUUCAGAAAUUAACAAUUUAACUGAAGGGAAAAUGAAGGUAGCAGGUGAGCCUGAGGCACGUUUCUGGCAGGUGUUGGUAAAUGUUGAUGUGUUGUUUGAAGUGCCUGCUAGUGCAGCUGAUAUCCAGCUCUAUUUACUCUCCCUGGCAUCCAUCUGCUCGUUCUCAAGUUCCUUGCCCAGUAAGCAGCCCCUGGACACCGUGGAAUGCUCUUCACCAUGCGGGGGGUGCUGGCUGUGCUCUGGCCCUGGGUCUGCAGCAGAAAAACGUGAACAGCAGUGCUGAGCAAGCCCACCUGAGAGAUGGGGGACUCGGGAGCGCUCUCAGCCCCUGGUACUUGUGCAGGUCCGAACUGGUUCCUUCGGAGUUGGGACUGGUGCCUGCCUGUGUCCCUGCUCCCAUUCAUCCCUACAACGAGAGCAGGGAGUCGGCUACAACUCAGCUGGGGUGCAGCAGGGGGUUAAUGAACGCUCAGCCUGUGCGGAAAAAGGCAGACUGUCCCAUUCUCAUGUAAAUUAAUUUGCCAGAGACACAGGCAGUGCUUGGCUGUCACAGAUCACAGCACAGAAAAUGCCAAGGCUGAACCUGGCCGCGGUAUUUUUAGUGUUUCUGCAAGGAGUUAUUGCCCGCACUUCAGCACUGCCUUUAGAGCUGUGUUCUCCCUGACAAUCUGUCCUGCCCCUCAGCCCGAUGUCCAGCGGUCUGGCACCGCCAGGACCCCCAGGAACGCUGCGCUGCUCCCUGGGGACAAGGACGGUGCCCAUGGUGCGGUGCCACCGCAGAGCCGAGCUGCUGCUGCUGCUGCUGCUGCUGCUGCUGCUGCUGCUGCUGCUGCCGGGCAGAGCUCGGCUCCGGUGCGGGGCAGCUCCGGAGGGGGAGGAUGGGUCCUCCUGGGCUCCCUCUCCUCUGCAGCCCGCCAGGGUCAGCACGGCAGGCUGGCAGCGUGGAUCGGCUUCUUGUCGAGCUCUAGGAACCUUAUGCUGACAGGAUGCCACUGAAUGUUUUCUCUCCAUCUAGAGUGGUUUGGGGUUUGAGCCUCCCUUGGGUUUUCCUUUCUGUGCCGAGGUGGUUGUAACCUUCCCUGCUGGUACCCGAGAGCAAUUGUUGUUUCUGUCUAGAUAGCCCAUCGAAGAUGUAGAUGAUGAAGAGGUGUUUUCCCCCUCUGCCUUGGGAUCGAAUGUGUCUGUCACAGACCAGGGCAUUUCUCUAAGGAAAUGGAUACAUCUUCCCAAAAAUACCCAGUCAAAAAGCGAGUGAAAAUUCAUCCCAACACAGUAACAGUGAAAUACACCUCUCAUUAUCCCCAGCCAGGAGAAGAGGGAUGUGAGGAUGUUAAUGAAGAUACUGGAGUAUUUAUGGAGGAUAAUCCUAAGAGAAGACUACUGAAUGGUGGGAAAAAGAGAGAAAAGACUUUCUUUGGUACAAUAGACACCAAGCCAGCACAACUGCCAAAACCUAAUGAGGUUGGACAGCAGUUAUAUGAAGGAAAUGUACUGCAGUCUAGGAAAACAUGGGCAGUCCUUUUUGGCUCUGCUGUGGCUCAUGGAUGUGUGGCUCUGAUCACAAGAUUAAUUUCAGACCGUUCCAAAGUGCCAUCUCUGGAGCUGAUUUUCAUCCGCUCGGUCCUGCAGGUGCUUUCCCUCAUUGCUGUGUGCUACCACCAUGAGCCUCCCUUCGGCCCCAAAGGCUACCGGCUCCGGCUGUUCUUCUACGGGGUCUGCAAUGUCAUCUCCAUCACCUGUGCCUACACCUCUUUCUCCAUAGUGCCCCCCAGCAAUGGGACCAUCAUGUGGAGGGCCACCACCACGGUGUUCAGUGCCAUUCUGGCUUUUUUACUCAUAGAUGAAGGAAUGGAGUAUACAGACAUAGUCACUGUCCUUGGCAGUGUGUUCGGCGUUUGUCUGGUCAUGAUCCCCAACAUUGUUAAGGACGAGAACUCUUUGCUGAACACCUGGAAGGAAGCUUUUGGCUACACCAUGACCGUCAUGGCUGGUCUGACCACUGCCCUCUCCAUGAUAGUCUACAGGUCCAUCAAAGACAACAUCAGCAUGUGGACAGCACUGUUCACUUUCAGCUGGACAGGAACAGUGUGGGGAGCAUCCACCAUGUUCCUGCUCCAAGAGCCAAUCGUCCCACUGGAUGGGGAAACCUGGAGCUAUCUCCUUGCCAUCUGCCUGUGUUCUACUGCAGCCUUCCUGGGGGUCUAUUAUGCCCUGGGCAAGUUCCACCCUGCUCUGGUGAGCACUGUGCAGCACCUGGAGAUUGUCAUUGCCAUGGUCCUGCAGCUCCUUGUGCUGCACAGCUUCCCACACGCUUGGGAUGUGGUCGGGGCAGUGCUUAUUUUGGUGAGUGUUUUUUUCCUUGCGUGUUAUAAGCUUUCCUGGAAGGAAUUAAGAAGGCAAGAUUAUCAAGAGAUUGUGGAUUUGUCCAUUAAAUGAAUGUCAGCUUUCAAUGUCUGAAUCUGGUUGUGACCAUCUGGAAGUGACUCCUUUCAGCUCCUGUGUCUGAGCAUAGUGGCCAGGCCCUCUACCAUUUCACUUCUCAGCUGAUGUAGCAAUGUUGGUAUUUCCAGGUGCCCGUGCCAGGUGGAUUUGUUCUGUUGCACACAACCAUUUUGUCAUACCCAAAAGAGUAGCACACAGGGUGCACAGCCAGCACAGCCUGGCCCACUGAAAUGCAGGCCAAGCUCUUCUUGACCUUCUCUGGAUAAAGCAAUACAGAGGGACUCAAAAGUGACUCUCAUUCGUGUGUGCUGUGGUGGUAGGAAGAUGAGCAGGAAAACCAUUAAAACGGUCAAACCAAACUGUCAUUUCCUCUGUAAUACCUCUUAAGCUUUGGCUGUCAUAUUCUAAAUGGAGCAAUGCUAAAUUUCUGUGGCUAAAACUUGCAUUUCCUGUGUGUAUAAAGAAGUCAGUAAAGCUUUUUGUGCUUUGUGGCUACA